GGCUGUGAUUUUAUUUAGGAAGAAAAAAUAAGAUUUUUAAUCCUCAAUAUGUGGGAACUACUUGUCAUCGCGGAAUGAUCACGCCAGUCAACCUCUCUGGCCCUCUCACAGCUUAAUUGAAACAACUACUCGCGGAGGGAGCGCUGCAGGUGUUCCACGGUCGUAAUUAAACGAAAACAACCUCACGUCGUCCAUGUGGAAACGACCCGCUACACUGAGACUAGUAACAGUUAUCCGGACAGCAUUAGCUAUUUAAGAAAGCCGUAAGUAACCUUCAUCUUAAUCGAUUUUUAAUCGUUUUUCUGUAAAUUGAGAGUUGCCUCAACUGCCGCAGAUGUCGGCUAACUUUUAAUGUGAAGCAGUCGAAGAAAAGGUGUGACAUUAAAGUUUAGCUUGUUUUAACUUCAGCUAGCUUAAGUGUUUUUUGCUAGCAAGUCAGUUAAUCUUUUACGAUCCUUUUUAAUAUUGUCACUUUUCUGUAAUCAUGCCCUGAUUUGUUUUAUUUAAGUUCGUUAGUUAGUUGAUAACUUGUUUAAAUGUUUGAUUUGUGUCGGGCAUUUCUUUUUUUAUUUUUUUAUUUUUUUUUUUUUUUUAGAUCGCGGAACCUUUUCAUCCCCCCAGCAUUUAGCCACGCCCCUUCUCUCGACAUGCUGUCACCCAAGAUGAACAGCAGUCCACCAUCGUACCCCCUCGCCUCCCUGUAUGUAGGCGACCUGCACCCCGACGUCACGGAGGCCAUGCUCUACCAGAAGUUCUCUCCUGCCGGACCAAUCAUGUCCAUCCGUGUGUGCCGUGACAUCAUCACCCGCAGAUCUCUGGGAUACGCCUACAUUAACUUCCAGCAACCGGCGGAUGCGGAGUGCGCCCUGGAUACGAUGAACUACGACGUUAUCAAGGGUCGGCCGAUCCGUAUCAUGUGGUCUCAGCGUGACCCGGGACUCAGGAAGUCCGGUGUGGGAAACAUCUUCAUCAAGAACAUGGAUGAGUCGAUUGACAACAAGGCGCUGUAUGACACCUUCUCAGCCUUUGGCAAUAUUCUGUCCUGCAAGGUCGUUUGUGACGAGAGAGGCUCCAAAGGUUACGGAUUUGUUCACUUUGAGACCCACGAGGCUGCAAACCGGGCCAUCGGCACCAUGAACGGGAUGCUGCUGAAUGAUAGGAAAGUCUUUGUCGGACACUUUAAGUCCCGGAAGGAGAGAGAGAUGGAGUUUGGCACCAAAGCCAUGAAGUUCACCAACGUCUACAUCAAAAACUUUGGUGAAGACUACACUGACGAGAAACUCAAGGAAAUCUUUACGGCAUUUGGGAGGACUCUCAGUGUGCGGGUGAUGAAGGAUGAGAGGGGACGCUCACGAGGAUUUGGCUUCGUAAACUACGCUAACCACGAGGACGCUCAGAAGGCCGUUGAUGAAAUGAACGGGAAGGACAUGAGCGGGAAGAUCCUCUACGUCGGUCGGGCUCAGAAGCGUCUGGAGCGUCAGGGAGAGCUGAAGCGCAGGUUUGACCAGAUCAAACAGGAUCGCAUCCAGCGCUACCAGGGGGUGAACCUGUACGUGAAGAACUUGGACGAUGGCAUCGACGACGAGAGACUCCGGAAGGAGUUUGCUCCUUAUGGCACCAUCACCAGUGCCAAGGUGAUGACGGACGGCUCCCAAAGCAAAGGCUUCGGCUUCGUCUGUUUCUCUUCACCCGAGGAAGCGACGAAAGCCGUGACGGAGAUGAACGGGAGGAUCGUCGCUACCAAGCCUCUGUACGUGGCUCUGGCUCAGCGGAGGGAGGAGCGUAAGGCCAUCCUCACCAACAAGUACAUGCAGAGACUCGCUACCCUGAGGACCAUGACGAGUCCCAUCAUCGACUCGUACCAGCAGGCCGGGUACUACAUGACGGUUCCCCAGCCUCCAACUCGCUCCUUCUACAACCACAAUGCCGUCAGCAACAUGAGGCCAGUUCCUCGCUGGACAGGACAACCUCCCAGACUGCAGGGCCCCUACUCGACCCAGUUUGUUGCUCCCGCUGUUCCCCGACGUGGUUCGACCCCCAUCGCUACGGUCAGACAGGCCUCCACUCAGGCUCCACGCAUCAUCAGCUCCUCGCAGAAGACGAAUAACAUUGCCACGCAGACUGUAGGAGGCCGUACGGACGUGCCCGGUAUGACCAGGAGCGGCCAGUACAAGUACUCGCCUGCAGUGAGGAACGUCCAGCAGGUCCUUACUGUUCCUGCACCCAUGACAAGAAUACAGGUUUUUCCUGCUCCUGUGAUGGAGCCACCGGUGCGUGUUCAAGGCCACGAGCCCCUCACCACCUCGAUGUUGGCUGCAGCUCCACUCAUGGAUCAGAAACAGCUUCUCGGGGAGCGAUUGUACCCGGUGAUCCACUCCCUUCACCCAAACCUGGCUGGAAAAAUCACCGGCAUGCUGCUGGAGAUCGACAACUCUGAGCUGCUGCACAUGCUGGAGACCCCCGAGUCCCUGCACUCUAAGGUGGACGAGGCGAUCGCCGUCCUGCAGGCUCACCAGGCGAAGGAAUGCUCUCCUAAGAAGUGAAGAGUCCUUUCAGAUGUCAACGAUGUUCUGGAGGAGGGAAAAAAUAAAAAAAAAGAGUAAAAUUUUGAAAAAAAGGGGGAAAAAAGUAAAUUGAGAGAUUUGUAAAGUUAGGAACCAUUUAGUUGUUGCGAUACCUUUUGUUAGAAGAUAAAGUUCACAGUAUAUGCAUUAAA